AUGUUUCAUAGUAUGUUAUCCACCAUAAUAUUGGUGCUAGCCACACUCUUCGCUGGCGUGGUUGAUGGUAGACUUCUUUCAGCGACCUCCUUGGUGACUUGUAUGGACAACUCAGAAAUCUCACCAACGUCUUUCGAUGUUACCUUCGAUCCUGAUAACGGGUCGUUGACAUAUUCUUUGGAUUUGACCACGGAAAUCAGUGCCUACAUCAUCGCUAAAGUGGAGGUGUAUGCCUAUGGGUUCCUUAUCAUCGAGAAGGACGUUAACUUGUGUACCUUGGGUUGGAAGCAGUUCUGUCCGGUCUACCCAGGUAGCAUCCAAGUUGACAGUAUAGAAUACAUCAGUUCCAGUAUAAUCCGUGAUAUCCCUGGCAUUGCCUAUACAGUGCCCGAUAUUGACGCUGUAGCCAAGGUUUUAAUCGUCGAUAGAGACUCUGGCAAACUCUACUCCUGUUUGCAGGCCAGUUUCAGUAAUGGUAAGACUGUGAGUCAAACUGGUGCUAAAUGGGCUACAGCUAUUAUUGCUGGAUUAGGUUUGCUUAUUGCUGCAGCUCUUUCCACCUUUGGUAACUCUAAUGCAGCCUCACACAUCUCGGCUAAUGCUGUUUCCUUGUUCUUGUACUUCCAAGCUGUCGUUGUUGUCAGUUUACAAUCUGUAGACAGGGUCCCACCCAUUGCUAGUGCAUGGUCUGAAAAUUUAUCGUGGUCUAUGGGGCUAAUCAAGGUGAACUUUAUGCAGAAGAUCUUUAGGUGGUACGUUCAAUCUACAGGAGGAACUCCUGCUUUGUAUUUUGGUGGUACUACUAAGCAAAUCUUGGUGCAGAGAGCUUACAACUACUUGGAAGGUUUACAUCUGAAGGCAAAGCUUUUGAAUCCGUUUAUCAACCCAGAAGACGGUUCCUACUCUUCCUUUUUACCUUCCAUUGUUUCUCAAUCGGUUGAAGUAAUUAAGAAGAGAAGUUUGAGUUUCUCAUUAAGCUCCAAUGCUAAUUUGAUUAUCUUGAGAGGUAUUAAAAGAAUUGGAUACAACUCUGGAAUUGAGCCAACUUCCAUUGUUGUUACUGGCUUCACUUUCUUUAUUAUAUUUGGCUAUGUCUUGAUUGCCAUUAUCUUCUUCAUCAAGCAAAUUAUUAUAUUACUAAUCAGGUUUAAGAAGAUUCAACCUAAUUUUGCUAGUAACUUCAGAAUUUCAUUCGCAAGUAUCAUUAAGGGUUCUGUUUUAAGAUAUGUUUACAUUGGAUUUACCCAGUUGGUUAUUUUAUCCCUUUGGGAAUUCACGCAAAAUGAUUCUCCUGCAGUGAUUGUCUUGGGAGUGUUAUUUUUGUUGUUGGCAUUGGGUAUGAUGGUUUACAGUUUAUGGAGAGUUUUGACAUAUGGUAAAAUAUCAGUGCAAAAAUUCAAGAAUCCCGCUGCAAUUUUAUACGGAGAUCAACUGAUAUUAAACAAAUACGGGUUCAUUUACACAAUGUUCCAUGCAGAAAAGUACUGGUUUGGAGUGGUGAUCUUAGGUUAUGGAUUAGUUAAGGGCAUGUUCAUUGGAUUGUGCCAAUAUUCGGGUAAGGCUUCCUCAGUUGUUGUAUUUGUACUUGAUCUAGCCUAUACCGCAAGUUUGUUCUGGCAAAAACCUUUCUUGAACAAACCAACUAAUAUUGUGAACUAUUGUAUUUCAAUUGUUAACACACUCAAUUCAUUUUUCUUCAUGUUUUUUUCAGAUCUUUUCGGACAACCUGCUCAAGUUUCAUCCAUAAUGGGGUGGAUUUUUUUCAUCUUAAAUGCUGCCUUUUCUUUAAUUUUAUUGGUCAUGAUUAUUGUCUUGAUUACAUUAUCACUUAUUUCUAAGAACCCUGACGCUAGAUUUGCUCCUGCAAAGGAUGAUAGAACUUCAUUCCAGAGAAAGGCAUCAGUUAGAAAGAAGGAUGGAGCUAAGGUAAACACAGAGCAAACAAAUGAAUUAUUUGCUUUAGGAGCUGCAGCUCAAGAUCAUCAAAAUGAUUGGGAAUUUCAAAUGUACAAAUUGAAUGAAUUUGGCUCACAAAAUGACGAUAAUCCAUUGAGCCCAUCUGUCGAAAAAUCUGACGGAAAAUUACCGCCAAAUUCGGUUCAAGAUCAAGAAUCAAGCUUUGACUCAUUGGCUAAUGAAAAGGAAAGAAGACAGAGGGAAGAUGUCGUAGUAAAUCAGGAUGAAAAGGAAGCAGGAGAGUCAUUUGGUACAAAAUUGAAAAAACUCACUAGGGGCCUUUCAACAAAAUCGAAAAAUAAUGGCGCUACAAGAAUAAGUGAUUCGUUAUCGGAUGAUUUGCAUUUCAAUGACAAUAGUGGGAACAUUGAUCAAAAUAUAGAUGAAGAUAGAGAUAGUGUAAACCCAAAUAUUCUUUCUAUUCCAAAAGAGAAUAGUAGAACUCCUAUUAACCAGCACUACAGAAACCCUUCUAACAGUGCAUUUUCAGCAUAUUCCACAAACCCAACUGAUGAGCCAACCAACCAGAGAGGAUUUGUUUAG